CACGUGUUGACCUAACUACAAGACAACUAGCUAACUGAGCCUUGGUAAUAUGUAGUGAAUGUUACCACGAAACAUGGCAAAGAAUAAGACUUCUGUUGGAUACAAGGGUCCCUAUGGUUAUCAAAAAAGAAGAGAUGGAGAGGGAAGGAGCUGUGUACGCUACAAAUGUGGCCUCACAAACACCAUUCAGGAUGUCUUGCGACAAAGACCAGGCUGGAUUGAGGUCAAAGAUGAUGGAGAAUGGGAUUUUAACUGGUGUGAUGUUGGAUGGCUGAGAGAGAAUUUUGACCACUCCUAUAUGGAAGAACAUGUGAGGAUAAGCCACUUUCGCAAUCAUUAUGAGCUAACGCGCAAGAACCUAAUGGUGAAAAACCUGAAGAGGUACCGCAAAACACUUGAGAGGGAAGCUGGCCGCAUUGAAGCGGCAAAAUGUGACUUUUUUCCCAGAACAUUUGAACUGCCCAGUGAAUACCACCUCUUUGUGGAAGAGUUCAAACGGAGCCCGGGCAGCACCUGGAUCAUGAAACCGGUUGCAAGAUCUCAAGGGAAAGGUAUUUUCCUAUUUCGAAAACUAAAAGACAUCACUGACUGGAAAAAGGAUGGGAGUCGCUCAGAGGAACAGAGAGAUGAGACUCAAGUCGAGAGCUAUGUUGCACAGCGCUACAUUGAAAAUCCAUAUCUUAUUAGUGGGAGAAAAUUUGACUUGAGGGUUUAUGUGUUGGUUACAUCAUAUAUCCCAUUGAGGACAUGGUUAUAUCGAGAUGGUUUUGCCCGAUUCUCCAGCACACGAUUCUCUCUCAACAGCAUUGAUGACCAUUAUGUCCAUCUCACCAAUGUGGCAGUGCAAAAAACUGCACCAGACUAUGACCCAGAAAAGGGCUGUAAAUGGCAGAUGCAGCAGCUUCGGAGAUACCUGACUGCGAGACAUGGCACAAAGACUGUGGAGGCACUGUUUAAAGACAUUGACAACAUAUUUGUCCGUAGCCUGCAAAGUGUGCAAAAAGUGAUCAUCAACGACAAACACUGCUUUGAGCUCUAUGGCUAUGACAUCCUACUGGAUCAGGACCUCAAACCGUGGCUGAUAGAGGUUAAUGCAUCUCCCUCUCUCACUGCCAGCAGCCAGGAGGACUACGAGAUGAAGUGUCAUCUACUGGAAGACACAUUGCACAUUGUGGACAUGGAAGGAAGAUUGAUUGGCAAAGAGAAAAGGGUUGGUGGCUAUGACCUUAUGUGGAACGAUGGACCUGUCUACAGAGAUGUCGACCUGGAGACACUGGGCAGCUCCUGUCUCUCUGCAAACACACACCUUGGGUGUGUAAACGACAGAAAGAAGCAACUUUGUCAGCUUCUAAAACCUAUUCCAGGCCAGAAGAGGAUAUGAUACACACACAAAAUGUGGAUUUUAUUUCAUGAAUUCAGCCUACAUGUGAACCCAGUA